CAUUACAACUGUCUUCCUUCAUCUUGCAGUGCUGCAUUUACCAUACUACUAAAGCGUUCUUCAGUUAAACAUUCAAGUGAAGUUCUAAAAACCUUAAAUAAGUUCUACAAAAGAAAAGAAAUCCAAAGACUAGGAGCAGAAAAUGGAUUAGAUGCUCGCCUGUUUCACCAAGCGUUUAUAAGCUUUAGGAAGUAUAUCAUGGAAUCCACUUCUGUGAGUGCUGAUUUGCAUAUUAUUCUCAAUGAUAUAUGCUGUGGUGCAGGUCACGUGGAUGAUCUCUUUCCGUUUUUCCUGAGGCAUGCAAAGCAGAUCUUUCCGAUGCUGGACUGUAUGGAUGAUCUGCGGAAAAUCAGUGAUUUAAGAUUGCCACCCAACUGGUAUCCAGACGCCAGGGCUAUUCAGAGAAAGAUAAUAUUCCAUGCUGGUCCUACAAACAGUGGAAAAACUUACCAUGCUAUCCAGAGAUUUUUGUCAGCAAAAUCUGGAAUAUACUGCGGCCCACUAAAACUUCUGGCUCAUGAGAUCUUCCAAAAGAGUAAUGAUGCUAAUGUGCCAUGUGACUUGGUGACAGGAGAAGAGCGUGUGUAUGCCAAUGAAGAUGCCAGACAAGCUUCUCACAUUGCUUGUACCAUUGAAAUGUGCAGCACUAAUACGCCUUAUGAAGUUGCUGUGAUUGAUGAAAUUCAGAUGAUCAGAGAUCCUGCCAGAGGGUGGGCUUGGACAAGAGCCCUUCUAGGACUCUGUGCGGAAGAAAUCCAUGUUUGUGGAGAAGCUGCUGCUAUUGACUUGGUGACAGAGCUCAUGUACACAACAGGGGAGGAAGUUGAAGUCCGAAACUACAAGAGACUCACUCCUCUUACUGUGCUGGAUUAUGCCUUAGAAUCUUUAGAUAACCUCCGUCCUGGGGACUGCGUUGUCUGUUUCAGCAAGAAUGACAUUUACUCUGUCAGUAGACAAGUUGAAGCCAGAGGCUUAGAAUGUGCUGUCAUAUAUGGCAGUCUGCCACCAGGAACAAAACUUGAACAGGCAAAGAAAUUCAAUGAUCCUGAUGAUCCAUGCAAAAUUUUAGUUGCUACAGAUGCAAUUGGAAUGGGACUCAAUUUGUGUAUAAAAAGAAUAAUUUUUAACUCUAUAGUAAAGCCAACUAUCAAUGAGAAGGGAGAAAAAGAAAUAGAUUCCAUUACAACCUCUCAGGCUCUACAAAUCGCAGGCAGAGCUGGGCGUUACGGCUCAUCCUUCAAACAAGGAGAAGUCACUACAAUGCAUCAUGAUGAUCUCGUGCAGCUGAAGGAAAUUUUGAGUGAGCCUGUGCGCCCUGUGAAGGCAGCUGGCCUCCAUCCUACUCCUGAGCAGAUAGAAAUGUUUGCUUAUCAUCUCCCUGAUGCUACUCUAUCCAAUCUAAUUGAUAUUUUUGUGAGUCUCUCACAAGUUGAUGGGCUUUAUUUUGUCUGCAAUAUUGAUGACUUCAAAUUCCUAGCAGAUAUGAUUCAGCACAUUCCACUAAAUUUACGAUCACGAUAUGUCUUCUGCACUGCACCCUUGAACAGAAAAGAGCCUUUUGUGUGUACCACAUUGUUGAAGUUUGCAAGACAGUUCAGUAGAAAUGAGCCUCUGACGUUUGACUGGCUCUGUCGGCACACCAAAUGGCCGUUAGCCGCUCCAAAGAACAUCAAAGAACUUGUGCACCUCGAAGCUGUUCAUGAUGUUUUUGACCUGUAUCUGUGGUUAAGUUACCGCUUCAUGGAUAUGUUCCCUGAUGCUGUCCUUGUAAGGGAUGUUCAGAAAAAACUAGACGACAUUAUACAAAUUGGUGUCUGCAACAUCACGAAGCUGAUCCGAGCUUCACAGUCCGCAGCUGCUCCUAGCACGGCAGAAGUCAUGUCAGAAGACUUUCCUCUUUCAAGGACUAGGAGGGAUACGAGGGCGGUUUCAGACCGUCAUGGUGCAAAAUCCACAGAGGCACUCUCUAUUGCAGUGGAGGUUCCAGGAGAAAGAAGAGCUAAGAACUUGAAAGCCUAUCGGUCUGCUGCAAGGCAGGACGAUCUGAAAAGCCAUGGACGUGGAUCUCUUGCCAACAGAUUGUUGCGUGAAGGACUUCUAACUCAAGAAAUGCUGAGACAGCUGGAGAGCGAGUGGCAGGAUCAGCACAGGAAUGCCUGCCUGAAGCUAGGAUGCACCAGGGAUGAGCGAACAAGUUACACAGUGAUUCUGACGUGUCAGGUUGACAGGUACCUGUAUCACAUGCGUCUCUCCGACGAUGUCCUGCUGGACGUGAUGGCUCGCUUCCAGGCCGAGAUGGUGAAGGGCCUGGGGAGAGACACAAACCCCACGGCAACAGUAAAAAUGCUGCCGUCAUUUGUGCGCUCGCUUCCCGAUGGCUCAGAGAAGGGUGACUUCCUUGCUGUUGACCUGGGUGGUUCCCAGUUUCGUGCCCACCGGGUGAAGGUGUUUGAUGAUGGGAAGCAGAGCAGCCAGCUGGAGAGCAAGUUUUACCCCACACCCAAGGAGGUCAUACAGGGGAACGGAGCUGAGCUCUUUGAUUACGUUGCUGACUGUCUGUUAGACUUCAUGGAGACCAAAAACCUGAAGCAUAAGAAGUUACCUCUUGGAUUUACAUUUUCUUUUCCAUGCAAACAGACCAAAUUGGAAGAGGGGAUUCUUCUUGCCUGGACGAAACACUUCAAAGUUCGAGGAGUUCAGGACACAGAUGUGGUUGGCUCUCUGCGCAAGGCCCUCCAGAAGCAUAAGGACAUAGACGUUGAUGUUUUGGCACUGGUCAAUGACACCGUGGGAACCAUGAUGACUUGCGGAUAUGAUGACCAGCGCUGUGAAGUUGGACUCAUAAUUGCCCUGGGACAAACAGGUAAUUUGUCCGCACUGGCUCCAACAUGCACAGGGACUGGCACCAAUGCAUGCUACAUGGAGGAAAUGAGGCACAUCGAUCUGGUGGAAGGUGAUGAAGGGAGGAUGUGCAUUAACACAGAGUGGGGUGCCUUUGGAGAUGACGGCGCUUUGGAUGACCUCCGCACAGAGUUCGAUCGGGAGCUUGAUCUGGGAUCUCUCAAUCCUGGAAAACAAUUGUUUGAAAAGAUGAUCAGCAGCCUGUAUUUGGGGGAACUUGUAAGACUCAUUCUCCUCAAAAUGACAAAAGAAGGUCUACUCUUCAAUGGAAAAGUGUCAACAGCUCUGCUUACUAAGGGCAAGAUCGAAAUGAAACACGUGUCUGCAAUGGAAAAGUAUAAAGAAGGUCUGAGCAACACAAAAGAGAUCCUUACAGAGCUGAACCUGUUUCCCUCUGAAGAGGACUGCAUUGCUGUUCAGCAUGUCUGCACCAUUGUUUCCUUCCGCUCGGCCAACCUCUGUGCUGCUGCUUUAGCAGCCAUACUGACCCGACUGAGAGAGAAUAAAAAACUAUUAAGGAUGCGAACCACUGUUGGGAUUGAUGGGGGACUCUAUAAAACCCACCCCCAGUAUGCCAAACGUCUGCACAAGGUGGUGAGAAGGCUGGUCCCAAACUGUGAUGUUCGGUUCCUCCUCUCUGUGAGUGGCAGUGGGAAGGGGGCUGCCAUGGUCACAGCGGUGGCAUACAGGCUGGCCGCCCAGCGCAAACAAAUCAAUGCUGCUCUCGCACCAUUUCUGCUGUCCCUGGAGACCCUCAGAGAAGUUAAGAACAAAAUGAGGACCGAGCUGGAAUAUGGGCUAAAGCGAGAGACGCAAGCCAGUGCCACAGUGAAGAUGUUACCCACGUAUGUCUGUGGGACACCAGAUGGAACAGAGAAAGGAAAGUUCCUUGCCCUUGACCUUGGUGGGACAAAUUUCAGGGUUCUGCUUGUCAAAAUCAGAAGCGGGAGAAGAAGAUCAGUGCAAAUGUAUAACAAAAUCUUUGCCAUUCCUCUGGAGAUCAUGCAAGGGACGGGGGAAGAGCUCUUUGACCAUAUUGUCCAGUGUAUAGCAGACUUUCUGGAGUAUAUGGGGAUUAAAGGUGCUCGACUGCCUCUGGGCUUCACCUUCUCCUUCCCAUGCAGGCAAGCCAGCAUUGACAAGGGAACACUUGUGGGAUGGACAAAAGGUUUCAAGGCAACAGACUGUGAGGGGGAAGAUGUUGUUGAUAUGUUGCGAGAGGCCAUCAGGAGAAGAAAUGAAUUUGACUUGGACAUUGUAGCAGUGGUGAAUGACACUGUUGGGACAAUGAUGACGUGCGGAUAUGAGGAUCCAAACUGUGAGAUUGGCCUUAUUGCAGGAACGGGCAGCAACGUGUGCUACAUGGAGGACAUGAAGAACAUAGAAAUAGUGGAAGGGAAUGAAGGAAAAAUGUGCAUUAAUACAGAAUGGGGAGGAUUUGGUGACAACGGCUGCAUCGACAACAUCAGAACAAAAUAUGAUAAAGAAGUAGAUGAAGGCUCACUAAACCCAGGGAAACAGAGGUAUGAAAAAAUGACUAGUGGAAUGUACCUAGGUGAAAUAGUAAGGCAAAUUUUGAUCGACUUAACCAAACAAGGACUGCUGUUCAGAGGACAGAUUUCGGAAUCACUCAGGAAAAGAGGCAUAUUCGAAACAAAAUUCCUGUCUCAGAUUGAGAGUGACCGGCUCGCUCUCCUCCAAGUCCGUCGAAUUCUACAGCAGCUCGGCCUGGACAGCACGUGUGAAGACAGCAUCAUUGUGAAAGAGGUGUGUGGAGCUGUUUCAAAGAGAGCUGCCCAGCUCUGUGGGGCGGGACUGGCGGCUAUUGUAGAGAAGAAGAGAGAAAACCGAGGUGUGGAGCACUUGCAAAUCACCGUUGGCGUAGAUGGGACUUUGUACAAGCUCCAUCCACAUUUUUCUAGGGUCCUGCGGGAAACAGUGAAGGAACUGGCUCCUCAGUGUGAUGUGACUUUCAUGCUCUCUGAAGAUGGAAGUGGGAAGGGAGCUGCGCUCAUUACUGCAGUAGCAAAAAGAUUGCAUAACGUUGGACAGAAGUAAAAACGAGAGGUCAAGUCAUGUCAGCACUGCCCCGCGUGUGCGCUAGAGAUUUGCUGGGCGGUGAUUCGAGAUAGCUUUGCCAGACACCAGUACACAGGUACCUGUUUUCAGGGAGCAGCUGGGUUUUGACCGACCACGAUCGUGGAUCUUUGUCCUUUGAUAACUCAGAUCUGGUGUUUCUGCUCCCCACCAGCAUUAUAUCUUGGCAUACCGCGAUCUACUCGGUUCUGUACUUCCUGCAAUGCAUCUAUAAUGUGCAUGGGAGAGUGAAAACGAAACAAAAGACAAACCAAACAAAACAAUCAACCCCAAAUAUGUCUUUUUACAAUGGCUUAAUUAAGCUACUGCACCACAACUGAAUUUAUCACCAGUUUCUUAGGAUUUUUGCGUGUUUUAGUUUUGGCUUGGCCUUGCUCAAGGAAUACUGAGAUCCUGGUGUGGCACAUAUCUAAUGGACAUGUUUGUUCAAUGCUUCACAGGUUUUACAAUAAAUCUGCAAGUAAAAUAAAUUCACAAGCUUUGGUCAGUGAUGCUCCCCCACUACUGCUACACUGGUCGCAAGUGCACUGUCUUGUGAAACUCCCUGAGGACAGGAGGCAUGUUUAAUAGAUGAAUGUAAAGGAAAAAAAAUACGAUUCCACAAAAUACCCAUUUGUAUCAAAAUAUAUUAGUGCGUUUGGGUGGACAUAAACCUAAACCAACGCUGGACGGAUUCUGACUGUGGCUGAUUCUUUUGAUACUGGGGAAAGAGAGGAUGUAGGAACAGGUAC